CCGCCGCCUCCGCCGCCCCCGGGGCCGCCGCUGCCGGGAGCCCGGAGCCCCGGAGCGGCCAUGCGGGCUCUGUGGGCGCUGUGCCUAGCCGGGCUGGCCGCUGCCCUCGGCAGCUUCUCGGCGGAUCAGUGCAGCUGGAGGGGGAGCGGCUUGUCACAGGAGGCAGGCAGCGUGGAGCAGCUCACCCUACGCUGCGCCGAGGGCUCCUUGGAGUGGCUGUACCCCACGGGGGCUCUCCGCCUCCGCCUGGCCCCCCGCCUGCCCCCCGCCACCACCUCUGAUGGCCGAGACCCCCGACACGUCACCGCCUGCCUUCAGCCAGCCGGCACCUUCCGGGGUGCUCAGCUCUACCUGGAGCGAGAUGGCGAGCUGGAGCUGCUGCUUCCCGAGGCAGAGGUGGCCCCGCGGCCCCGUGUGAGGUGUUUCAGCUGGCCACCCCAUGAGCAGGUGGCCCUGUUCCUGCAGGCCACCCCACAGCGUGACAUCAGCCGCCGCAUCGCUGCCUUCCGCUAUGAGCUGCGGGGGGAUUGGCUCGCCCGGCCCGCGCUGCCCGCCGAAGGGGUGUGCCGGCCGUGCAACGACACUGAGCUCCUGAUGGCCAUUUGCACUAGUGACUUUGUGGUCCGCGGUACCAUCCACAGCGUCUCCAACGACGCAGAGCUGCAGGAAUCCGUCAUCGGGGUGAGCGCCGUCCGCAUCCACCGCCAGAAAUUCCCCCUCUUCCAAACCGGGGGGCGGCUGGGGCGGGCGGCAGGCAGCAUCCGCACUCCUCUGCGCUGCGGUGUGCGGCCGGGCCCCGGCACCUUCCUCUUCACGGGGUGGCUGCACUUUGGUGAGGCAUGGCUCAGCUGCGCUCCCCGCUACAAGGACUUCCAGCGCAUCUACGAGGGCGCCCGGCGCAGGAGGCAGAACCCCUGCGAGUUCCCUGUGGACUGAGCGGCUCGGGGUGGGCAGCCCCCAACUUGGGAGCUGGGAGCAUCCCUGCUCGAGAGACACUGGAAAAUGUGUUUAUCUCAGCCACCUCUCGCUGCCCUGGGAUGCUGGGGGCAUCGCCACAUGGAGGGAGCUGCAUGCUGUCUGCAGGGACAGGCACAUAGGGAUGUGGGAGCACGGUGGGUGGGGACAGCCCUGUGAAAAUCCUGCGGGAUAGGAUGGGAUUUUCCCAGUGUGUGACCCUGGGGGGCUGCAGAAGGGGGCUCCGGGCUGGGGGUCCUGGGGGCCGAGGGGUCAUUGCAGGUGUGGGGACACUGCAGGGCAUGAGGAGAGCGGUGGCACAGCGCAGUGGUGACAGCAGGGAGAGGAGGUGGAUCGGCAGUGUUGAGGGUGGAAGGGGGACUGCAGAGAUGGAGAGCCGUGUCCUGACCCUAAGGGUGAUGGGAGACACGGGUGGAGGGGAGAGCAGGAGGAGCAAGGCUGAAGGAGCGAGGCUGAGGAGGGAGCAGAGGUGGCACGGAGGGUCCCCAUAAGAACCAAAGUGCUGAGCGCAGAAGGGGGACAGGAGCAGGGAGAGGUGGGGCUGUGCCACCGCCCACAUGGGGACACCAUGGGGCCGUGGCUCCAUAGUGGUUCCCUGGUGCCACCACACCAGGGCAGGGGGGGAUUUCAAACCGUUGAGGGUGGGGGGAGCAUCGUAUGUGCACUAAAGUUAUAACGAUACCAAAUUCGUGACUUUUUUU